UGUUGGUUUCUUUGUGACUAUAACCUGAUACUAUGUACCGAGGGAGGCAUAUAUAAGAUUCUGAGAUAUAUGUAUCGUAGUAUUCUUCCGCAUACUUUGCCUAAGGACUAUUUCAGAAUCAUUAGAAUGUUUAGCACAAAAGCGCUAUCGGCAGCACGAGCUGUCUCACCACACGCCCAUGCAACAAGUACAACACAAUGUCUUCGCAUGUUUUCCACAUCCAACAUAGUUAACCAGAAGGUAGGUUUCGUAGGUCUGGGUAAUAUGGGCAGACAUAUGGCAAAUAACCUAAUCAAAGCGGGGCAUGAAGUAACUGUGUAUGACAUCAACACAACUGCCGCGGCCAGUCUAGCAGAGAAGGGCGCUAAGGUUGCUAACUCGCCUGGCGAGGUUGCAUCUCAGGUGGAAACUGUUAUCACGAUGGUUCCCAACUCCAGUCAUGUGAUAGAUGUAUACGAAGGCGAGGGUGGCAUCAUAGAUAGCGCCAAACCAGGGUUACAGUGUAUAGACGCCAGCACCAUCGAUCCAGCUGCCAGCCGACAAGUCCAUGCCUCUGCAACAAAGAAAGGUCUCACCUUUGUCGACGCUCCAGUGUCUGGUGGUGUGGGAGGUGCAGAGAACGGCACGCUCACGUUUAUGGUGGGCGGCGACGAUGAGAGCUUCGCCAAAGCAAAGGAGGUCUUGACGGAUAUGGGCAAGAAUAUAGUACACUGUGGAGGUGUAGGUACAGGUGAAGUGGCUAAGAUCUGUAACAACAUGUGCAUGGGCAUCAGCAUGGCGGGUGUUGCGGAGAGCUUCAAUCUGGGCGCCAAACUGGGUAUCGACAAGAAGGUCCUGGCCGAUAUUAUCAAUUCAAGUACUGGCCGUUGCUGGUCCAGUGAUACAUACAACCCAGUCCCCGGUGUUAUGGAAGGAGUACCGGCCUCAAGGGAUUACGAGGGAGGUUUUGGUACCGCGCUGAUGCUGAAAGAUUUGGGACUGGCCACUCAAGCUGCCACAGCCAACCAGGCCGCCAUCCCAUUGGGCAAUGCCGCACAAGCCGUGUACUCGACUAUGACAGCUCAUGGCUAUGGCAAGAAGGACUUCUCCAGUGUUUACGCACACCUUAAGGGAGACCGAGCCGAGUAGGACUGAUGUUUGGCUAUGGAUUAGUAUAUUAUAUAUACAUAUAUAUAUAUUUAUAGUGAUAAACCAAUUAAAGAUGUAAACUCUAUAGAUUGUACAUAUAGGGUAGGGUGUUCGCGAGUUCUGAAGUGUAAACUAUAUUGAUAUGGAGAACGUGUGGGAUCACGA